AUGAAUUUUGCCGUUAUCUUGAUUAACAUAUUUGUCACUUACUUUAUGUUUGCUUCUGGCAUCAUCAAAGCAGAGGAGUUCAGAUUGGGUUACACGGUGAAAGCUAGCGACUUGCCUCCAAUCGAAGCAGUUGGCAGCAAAUUCUUCAAUACCGACACGGGGGAACAAUUCUUCAUUAAAGGGAUUGCCUAUCAACCCAGCUAUUCUAUGAGUGACCUGGAAAGUUUUAAGGUACUAAGCAGCGACACAAAAUAUAUCGACCCUCUCGCCUCACCAAAUAUUUGUCUCCGGGAUAUUCCUCAUCUCGCUAAGCUCGGUGUCAACACAAUAAGAGUGUACGCGAUUGAUCCAGCCCAGUCGCAUGACGUUUGUAUGGAAGCACUCAUGGAAAGUGGCAUCUACGUUCUGCUCGACCUUUCUGAGCCUGACGCUUCCAUCUCUAGAGAUUCUCCAAGCUGGGACGUUAACGUGUAUCAAAGGUACAAAGACGUGGUUGACGCAAUGCACCAGUAUUCAAAUGUGCUUGGGUUUUUUGCAGGCAAUGAAGUUACUAAUGACAUAACAAACACAGACGCUUCAACAUUCGUGAAGGCAUCUAUACGAGAUAUUAAAGAACACAUAAAAGAAAAAGAUUAUCGGAUGAUUCCUGUUGGCUAUUCCACAAAUGACGAUGUGGAGACCCGAGAAAAUCUCGCCGAAUUUUUCAGCUGCGGGGAUUCCGUCGCUGACUUUUAUGGCAUUAACAUGUAUGAGUGGUGUGGGUACUCAUCUUUCCGUAGCAGCGGCUAUGACAAAAGAACUCAAGAAUUCAAAAACUAUCCAGUCCCAGUUUUUCUCUCGGAAUUUGGAUGCAACUUAGUUCGACCUCGACCCUUCACAGAGGUCGAGGCGCUUUAUAGUAAGCAAAUGACUGGCGUUUGGUCUGGUGGGUUGGCCUACAUGUAUUUUGAAGAGGAAAACCAGUAUGGAGUCGUUGAGAUAGAUCUGAACAAUGAGGUUGUCCCACUGAAAGAUUUCGAGUUCCUGAAAAAUGAAUUUGCUAGAGCCAAGCCACAAGGUAUAUCCAAAUCUGAUUAUCUGCAAAGACGAGGAUCGAACUCGAACAAACCACCGAAGCGAGAGUGUCCAUCCAUGUCUAAUAUGUGGAAAGCUAGCGGUAAAAUGCCUGCUACUCCAAAUAAAUCGAAGUGCUCUUGCUUGACAGAGUCAUUACCAUGCCUGAUCUCCCCUUUUAAUGAUCAAUCGAAAUACAAAGAAUACUUUGAUUACGUUUGCGGCCAAGUUAAUUGUUCGGAUAUUGAGGCGGAUGGUGAGCAUGGGCGGUACGGAGAAUUUUCUGAUUGUACCGCAGAUCAAAAGCUUGCCUUGCAAAUAAGCAAGAUGUACUUUAGCGAUUCCAAUCUAGAACAAAAUUGUCCAGUUGAUGACAGGCAUGUUUAUUUCAACCCUCAUAGCAAACAGACGUCAGAAGACCAACAAUGCGCUGCAAUAAUAAAUUCUGUAGAGAAGAUAUCGAAGUUGCGAAAGAAUGAUGGCCGCCACUGGAAUCGAAGCAACAACGAGAAGACAUCAGCUGCUAGCCGCAUGACAAUAGCGACGGUUGUAAUACCUGCGGUAGUUGGAAUAUGGAUAGGUUGGAUAGUUUAA